CAUUACACACAUUCACAUUAAACAUGGUAGCCAUUUUGAAGAGACAAAGAGAGAACCAAGAAAAAGAGAGCAUAGAUUUGGCCAAUAGUUUGAUGCUACUCUCUCGUGUUCAACAAAGCAAACCCUUAAUGAAAAGUUAUGCUCCAAUGGAGUUUGAGUGCAAGACGUGUAACCGCAAGUUCUCAUCAUUUCAAGCCCUUGGUGGCCAUAGGGCUAGCCACAAGAAGCCCAAGUUUGAUGGAGAAGAUCUAAGAGCUGAGGCCAAGGCUCUUAGCUUGUGGAAUAAGCCCAAAAUGCAUGAGUGUUCCAUUUGUGGCAUGGAAUUCUCUCUGGGUCAGGCACUAGGAGGACACAUGAGGAAGCAUAGGGGUGCCAUCAAUGAAGGGUUUUCUUCUAUAACCCAUGCUAUUGAGAAAGCCCCGGUUCUCAAAAGAUCGAAUAGCAAAAGGGUUAUGAGCUUGGACUUGAACUUGACUCCUUUGGAAAAUGACUUGCAAUUGUUGUUUGGAAAGAAGGCACCUCAAGUUGAUCUUUCUUUAUUUGUUAUUAUUGAUUUGUUGAAUUUAGGGGACGAUUCGCAAAUAGCUAUUCAACUGUGGUUUGGUGAAUUUGUGACUUCGUUCGUAGCCAUGAAGAGACCGAGAGAUGAAGGAGUAAACAGCAUAGAUUUGGCAAAUUGUUUAAUCCUGCUCUCUCAUCCCAGCAGAGAAAGCAAACCCAAGAAACGUUUAGGCCCUGAAGAAUUUAAGUGUAGCACAUGUAACCGUAAGUUCUCUUCAUUUCAAGCCCUUGGUGGCCACAGAGCUAGCCACAAGAAGCCCAAACUAGAGGGGAAAGAACUCAAAGAACAAGACAAAGCUCUUCUGAGCUUAUGGAAUAAGCCCAAAACCCACGAGUGUUCCAUUUGUGGUUUGGAAUUCGCUCUGGGCCAGGCACUGGGUGGACACAUGAGAAAGCACAGAAUUGUUGCCAACGAAGGGUUUUCUUCUAUAAACCAGGUUGUUGCUAAAGUCCCAGUUAUGAAAAGGUCCAAUAGUAUGAGGUUUAUGUUCUUGGACUUGAACUUAACUCCUCUGCAGAAUGACUUGAAGUUAUUGUUUGGAAACAUGGCACCCAAAGUCGAUUCCUUCGUCUGA